ACAAUGUUUAAAUUGUUUCUUGCAAUUUAAUAACAAUAACAAUGUUUAAGAUAAGGACUAGAAACAAAAACCUCGUAAAGAACGAACGCACCUAAAUACAUUCAGAAAAGGAAUCAGACAAUUGCUACAUCGAACUAUUAAGCAGUAAUAAUAAUGCAAAGAAAGUAACAUUCACAUUGUCAAAUAAGAGUAUGUCUAUUAUAGAAUGCUUUGACUCUGAGAUUCAGUAUAGAGUCAUCAGUUGACUUCUUAUUUUUUUAAGUAACAAAAAAUAGGCAACUAAUAUUCAUAAAUAAAAGUAAAAAAUAAUUUCAAAAAACAGAUCAUGCCAAAUCUUCUAGACAAUAGAAAGUCUUUUUUACAAAGGGGAGGUAACUGAUCUGAGAUAUAUGCUGAUUUUUUUCACCGUAGUAACCAUUUCACUAGGUACAUUAAACGUCAUGUUAUGUACCUACAGCCUCUAGAAUAUGAAACAAGAAAAGCAACCAAAAUUCACAGUCGUAAUCAUGUCUAUUUGUUGCAUUUUCUUUUUAUUUCUUAACACAGUAUCUUUGCAUUCAAAGAAAAAUAUCCUGAAACCACAUACGCUGUAGAUAAGUGCUCAGACACAAUGAACGGUAGAAGCGGCAAUUCCCGGGUGAUAAGCAGGAAGGAUCUGUUUGCUGGGGUUUUAAUUUGACUUGAGCUGUUUGCCUUUUUAGCCUGGUAGCUUUCUGCGCGCCUCCUCCAUGAUUAGCUGUGUAUGAGUUUGCGCCCCGGACACAUUAGGCAACUCGGUGCUGCUGCCAUAGAUGAUGAAACUUGGUUUUGCUGCUUACAAACAAGGACAUUCCAGCAGGCAGGAUUGUUUGAAACCUUCCUUUGAAAGAUUCCUAAACAAACUUAGUCUUUGUUGACAUAAGAUAAAUGAAAUAGGGAGGUUGAGUUGUGAGAGUUUGGGAGGUUCGAAAAGUUUAUACGAUAUUACUUCUUAGUAAUAGUCAUAAAAUAUGUGUCUUCUGAUGGAUAAUCUGCUUACACCUUACGAUGCUCCCUAAAUGACUAAGUUAGAGGACUCAACCUAUAUGCCCUAGAUUAAAAAACAGAUUUCUAAACACGCAGAGAAAAUAUGAAUGUAACUCUAUGGACUAUAACCCUAAGAGGUAAUACUGUUUUUGGACAGAAGGAAAGACAAAUUCAGUCAAAAUCCUGAUCAGAUAAUGAAUGUUCUAAGUGUGACAAGUGAGGCAAAUACCAGGAGCAUUUGUGGUGGCUGCCCUGGGAAUUCCAUGUGAGGGGUUAAGAUUUAGAAGAUGGAAGAAUAAAGCCAGCAGUAUGAAUUUGCAAAAAAUAGCAAAGAAAUGUUCGAUUGAAGCUUUGUGAAAUAUUGAAUCAGGAAGGUAAACAAAAAGAGAGGAACUUGGUGUGGUGGUGACAGGUGACAGAGAAGGCGGAGCUACUAAAUCCCUAUUUUGCUUUUAAUGAGAGAGAAUGUAGCUGCUUUCAGGCCUGGAGGAAUUACAUUUCAUGAUUUUAAAAGAAUUUGUAGAUAAGGGCGUGGAAUGACCGUCUGUAAUCUCCAAGGAGCCCUGAAUUAUGAAGGGGAGCAGAAGAAAGGAGAGAGUUAAAUCUUUAUUUUGAAACCGCAGACCACUGUAGAUUGUGGAAACCACAGGUCAGGGACCUGGACACUGUUCCUUAGAAGAGAAUUCCAGCGAUUUGUGGUAUGUAGUUGGAAAAGAAGUAAGUGACCUUCAGAAACCAGCUUGAGUUCACCAAGAACAAGUUAUGCCUGAAGAACGGCACAUUCUCUUUUUGCACAGUUAUUAGACUGGUGAAAUUGGGAAGUAUUCGGAUUGCAGCGAAGCAAUUCACACAACAUAUUCUAACCUUGGGACAGGCUGCAGAGAUGUGGGUUUCUGGUUGGUCGCCUGAUGUGCCCUGAGUAUUGAUUAAGGAAUGAUCGAUAUCAACUUGGAGGGACAUCCUUGGUGUCAUGCCAUGGUACUCUGUCCUUGGGUCUGUCAGGUUUAACAUUUUUUAUCAUCUAUUUGGAUUAAGAUGGAAGACCUGCUUAUCAAAUUUGCAGUGACACAAGGUUGCCCUCGGCAGAAUGAUUCCCUGCAGAGCUGCCAUGACUUUUGCCCGAUGUCUGAUCCGGAGGAAAAUCGUCACUCUGGACAGUCUGGAAGAUACUAAAUUAUGCCGCUGCUUGUCCACCAUGGACCUCAUCGCCCUGGGGGUUGGAAGCACUCUGGGUGCCGGGGUGUAUGUCCUUGCUGGGGAAGUCGCCAAAGCAGAUUCCGGCCCCAGUAUCGUGGUGUCCUUCCUCAUCGCUGCCCUGGCGUCCGUGAUGGCCGGCCUUUGCUAUGCCGAAUUUGGGGCCCGAGUCCCCAAGACUGGGUCUGCGUAUUUGUACACCUACGUUACUGUCGGAGAGCUGUGGGCCUUCAUCACGGGCUGGAAUCUCAUUUUAUCUUAUGUGAUAGGCACAUCCAGUGUCGCAAGAGCAUGGAGUGGUACCUUUGAUGAACUUCUUAGCAAGCAGAUCGGUCAGUUUUUGAAGACGUAUUUCAAAAUGAAUUAUACUGGCCUUGCAGAGUAUCCAGACUUUUUCGCCGUGUGCCUUAUAUUACUUCUAGCAGGUCUUUUAUCUUUCGGAGUAAAAGAAUCUGCGUGGGUGAAUAAAGUCUUCACUGCCAUUAACAUCCUGGUCCUUCUCUUUGUGAUGGUUGCUGGGUUUGUGAAAGGAAAUGUGGCAAACUGGAGGAUUAGUGAAGAGUUUCUCAAAAACAUAUCAGCAAGUGCCAGAGAGCCGCCUUCUGAAAAUGGAACAAGUAUCUUUGGGGCUGGCGGCUUUAUGCCUUAUGGCUUUGCAGGAACUUUGGCUGGUGCUGCAACUUGCUUUUAUGCCUUUGUGGGAUUUGACUGCAUCGCAACAACUGGUGAAGAGGUCCGGAACCCGCAGAGAGCUAUCCCCAUUGGAAUUGUGACUUCCUUGCUUGUUUGCUUCAUGGCCUAUUUUGGGGUCUCUGCGGCCUUGACCCUUAUGAUGCCCUACUACCUCCUAGAUGAAAAAAGCCCCCUUCCUGUGGCAUUUGAAUAUGUCGGGUGGGGUCCUGCCAAAUACGUUGUUGCUGCAGGCUCCCUCUGCGCCUUGUCCACAAGUCUCCUUGGGUCCAUUUUCCCAAUGCCCCGUGUAAUCUAUGCUAUGGCGGAGGACGGGUUGCUUUUCAAAUGUCUAGCUCAAGUCAAUUCCAAAACGAAGACACCAAUAAUCGCUACUUUAUCAUCAGGUGCAGUGGCAGCUGUGAUGGCGUUUCUGUUUGACCUGAAGGCGCUGGUGGACAUGAUGUCCAUUGGCACGCUCAUGGCCUACUCCCUGGUGGCAGCCUGCGUUCUCAUCCUCAGGUACCAGCCCAGCUUAUCCUACGAGCAGCCCAAAUAUUCUCCUGAGAAGGAAGGGCUGGAAGCGUGUCCCAGCACUGCCUCAAAAAGCGAGUCCCAAGUCACCAUGCUACAAGGACAGGGGUCCAUCCUGCAAACCCUAUUCAGCCCCUCCCUUCUGCCGACACAACAGUCAUCUUCCCUCGUGAGCUUCCUGGUAGGACUCCUGGCCUCUCUCAUCCUGGGCCUGAGCAUCUUGACCACUUAUGGAGUGCGCGCCAUCGCCCAGCUGGAAGCCUGGAGCCUCGCUCUUCUCGUGCUGCUCCUGGUCCUCUGUGUGAUCAUCGUGCUCACCAUCUGGAGGCAGCCCCAGAAUCAGCAGAAAGUUGCCUUCAUGGUUCCACUCCUACCGUUUUUGCCAGCGUUCAGCAUCCUGGUGAACAUUUACCUGAUGGUCCAGCUGAGUGCAGACACUUGGAUCAGAUUUAGCAUUUGGAUGGCGCUUGGCUUCCUGAUUUACUUUGCUUACGGCAUUAGACACAGCCUGGAGGGCAAUCUGAGGGGUGAAGAUGACGAUGAACAUGCUUAUUCAGACAACAUGAACACAGCCCUGGAAGAAAAAUCUGCCAUUCAAGCAAACGACCAUCACCAAAGAAAUCUCAGUUUGCCUUUCAUAUUCCACGAAAAGAUAAGUGAAUGCUAACGCUUGCAGGAGCAGAGCUGGUCGCAGUUUCAACAUAUCCUACCCUGAGUAAACCAUGAAGGAUGUUGUUCCCCUGCGAGGUUGUCGGGCUCAGACACCGCUCACCCUCAUUGACACUUACUCAUCUGGACAGCAUCUCCCAGACGGGGAGUUACGUGCCAGAAAACCCGAGCUCUUUCCUCAGUGACGAGUAUCCCCCAGUUGUGGGAGCGUGUAUGUGUGUGUGUGUGUGUGUGUGUAUAUAUGUUUGGGAACAUAAAUGUUAAAAGUUAGUUGGUAUUUUACUAUGACUAUGUUACAUUUUUUCAGUGUUGUCGUUAAUCGGUGGCACAUACUGACAUAGAGGUAAAACACUAAAUAGACAAGUUUUAUUCGUGCCUUAUCUGUAGUUGGAGGAAAUGAUGAUCGCUUUUCCAUAGUAGGCUUCAUGAAUGUCAACUUAGACCAUGCUACAAAUGCAGUUACCUAUGACGGUGUCAUGGCCUCUAUCCCUGGUCAGAUAAAUAUGAGGCCUUCACCGGCUGUGCAGGACGUGCCCCCUUAGUCCACCCAGGGACUAAGAUCUACAUGGGACCCUUUAGACUAAAAAGGAAAGGUGAUCUCCAUACCCGGAAAGCUCACAUGAGUAGCCACAAUGCGGGUGUGUUCGAAGAUCUCAGAAUAGGACAUGUACUUGGAUAAGUAGCCAUCAAGCAGCCUUUUUUUAAAAAGUCAUUUAAAAUCAGCCGAUAGGCUCUCCCAGAUCACACAGUUGGUAGAAUGACUCAGACUUGUUCCAUCAUUUAACAACUAAAUCACAGUUUAGUUCUUUUUUAACCUUAUCAGUCAGAGUUCACUCCUUCAUUUCUAUUUUUAUUUUAUCUUUUUUUUUUUGAGACUGAAUAGUACCUACACAGCCAACUAUAUCUUUACACAAAAGAGGAAAAGGUGAAGGGAGAUAAAGAAAAUUCCCCUAUUCUGAUGUAUAUUAAAGUGACUAUUCAGAUAAUACAGGACAUUUGGCCCGAUUUAAGGGACUCAGAUCUAAUUUGCCUUGGUUCGUUUCUUUUGGAAACAGUUAGCAGGUGUUUUUUCCUCCUCCCUGUCCCCUAUACAUUGUUUAGCACUUUUUAUCCCUUUUAGUUUUUAAAUGACCACACUAAGCCUAUUAAUGUAUUCUGUAAUAACCCAGCAAUGAUUGGGAAAUCAAAUGUUUUGGUUAAAAACAUGAUUUAAAACUUCAAGGUAAAAAAAUUAGUAGACAGCUUUAAUUCAAUUUGGUUAAACCCAGUAAUUUUUCUAUAUGAGUAAAUUUUUAGUUGUAAGAUUUCUGAUUGCUACAUUUCGCCUUUUGGGGUUUUCCAAUAGCGGACUGUUUAUCUGCAGUGUGUUUUAAGGCCUGAGGCUAGACACCGGUAGGUGGGUGACAUUUCAGGAUACCGUGGUGAAGGUUACCAAGCAUGCCAGUUGACCUGUUAUCCAAAGGCAAGGAUACCAUUUGUUUUCUUGGUUCUUCCAACAGAUCAUUUUAUUGAUGGCAUUAACACAUUAAUUGCCUUAUGGGGGCAAGACAUGAUUGCAAGAGGGACUUUACCUAACCAUUGCAAUCAGUGUAACCUGGCUUAUUGUACCCUCAGUGAAUCCCCAACAAUAAGAAAAAAAAAAACACAUUAAUUGCCAUGAAAAUUAUAAUUAACUUACACUGAUUUUGAGCCCAGGGCCUUGUGAAGCAUAUAUAACUCACAUGUCUCUCUUGGCCUAUAAAAAAUCAUGGCCCCAAGGGAAAAGAAAAAGUUCUUUCUGGUGUGGUAGUCGUUGUGUUAAAAAGCAAAUUGUGGUUUUGAAUUAUCAAGAGUUUAUUGCAAUGAAAUGUCACAUGGACAGGUAGAAAGGCUGGGUUUCUGGCUGCUCGUGGUGUGGCACCCCCGACACAGAACUCAUCACUGACAUUCCACCAUUUCCAGGGUGCACCUGGUAAAAUCUGAAGCCCAGAAUUCUCUUUGAAGCUGCACAUUUUACUGAAGAGAAGGAGUUUAUCAGGGGGAUAAUUAAGGGUAAAAUAUUUUGAUAAGGCUAUAGGGAUGAUCAUGAAUCCUUGCUGUUGUAGCAGCACACGGAGAACCCUUUUUAUUCUAUAUUCAUCUAGAAUAGGCCCUUUAUGCAGAAAACAUGAGCAAUUUCAUAUUUGAAUAUUUGAAUGUUUUUUACAAAAUCAAGAAAUUUACGUAGAAUGUGAUAGGCAGCUAAAGCUAUUAUGCCUACUCUAUUCAGUUAGAAGCAGUAGUUAAAAAUUAUGUUUCCAUCAACAUGUUUUGCAAACACCAAUAUGAAAAACUGCUUUGGCAGUGACUGUGCUUUUUUCAUUUCUGUGAAGAUGCAAACAGAUGUGCAUGUCUGUAUGUAAACACAGUGACACACGUAGGUGUGAGUUUGUAUAGGGAUGUGUGUGUGUGUGUUUCGGAUGUCAGCGUGUGCAUCAGUUAGGUUUAUGAUGGGUUUUGGAAAUGAUAUUUGUAUGUGAGUAAAAAAAACCCAACUAUUGUGAAGAAAAAUUAAUGUUUUAUGUUGAUAUACAAAAUUUUUAGGUUUUAAACUAUUGUAAAAUAUACAACAAUUUUAUAUGUAUGUUUUCCAUAGAUAGAUUCCUUAAGAAAUAUUUAUGUUUCCAAUAUGAAAUCACUAAACCCUAGUGCAUUAUAACAGGUGCUUUAUAAUCUGCAAUGGAGUGGGGGUAGUAGACAUUUGGGUAUGUCCAUUCACUUGUUUCUGCUGCAUUUUUUCUGACAUAUAUGUUAUUAGUAAAAGCCAUUAUCACCAGCUCGUUGCCCUCCACCCUUUUACUUUCUUAGAAUUACCAAAAUGUUUUGUAUAGACUUGACUAGUGAUCCAUCACUAGAAACUUACAUGAAGUCUUCUCCAGAAAUUAAAAAAUACAUAGGCAUAUUCUUUUAAUUAUGACUGAGUGGAAGCAGCUUAAAUUACUUUUUUACGCUAGGAAAUACAUUUUCAACAUUUUUAGUGAGGACUUUUCACAAUAGCACCUUCGUUUUAUACUCUUUUAAAAAAGAGAAUGAUUUGUGAAUUACCACAGAAAGGCAAUACCACCCCUACAUUUAAGAAGGUUGCUAUGCAAACUCAAGUUUAAAAUCUAUUUAUGAGCAAAACUUACAUUGGAACUUUUGAUAUAUAUACCAAAAUACAGAUUAUCACAUUUUCCCUAGAGAUGAAUAUCAAGAAAACUAAAACAUCACGUGAGAUUUAUGUACAUAGAUAGGAAAGAAAAUCUAAUGUUGAAAUACAGAGCUUCACUAUAACCAACCACAGUUGAUAGAAAAUAUCAUUUUCAGAAUUAUCUUUUAAAAGACAACAGCCUGCAUUCUUUUAAUUUUUAUGAAUAAAGGAUUGUUUUAACUUUUUUUUUUUAAGAGACAGAGUUUCACUUUUUCACUCUGGGUAGAGUGCCCUGGUGUCACAGCUCACAGCAACUUCCAGCUCUUGGGCUUAGGCAAUUCUCUUGCCUCAGCUUCCUAAGUAGCUGGGAACUACUAGGCCCAGCUAUUUUUUGUUGCAGUUUGGCCAGGGCGGGGCUGGGGCCGGGUUCUAACCCACCACCCUCCGUGUGUGGGGCCAACCAACGCCCUACUCACUGAGCCACAAGCACCGCCCUGUUUUAAGUUUUUAAUUUAAAUAUUAGCCAAAAUAUUCCCUAAGUCCUAGGUGUUUGCAGGUAGUUGUUAGAUUUUUUUUUUAAAUAAAACACCUUGAAUUAGAGUCUAUUUUUUACUGUAUUAUUUUUAAAAUUUUAUUGAAGGCUUAGUGGAGAGAAUAGGGAGGAAUAAUUGCCCCCAGUACUGGAAGGGAACAGAUGAGCCUUCUAUUCCCUUAAGUCAGGGCAUAUUCCGAGAUUACAAACUCCAUGAUGAAAUUGUGGCAAGAUUCCCACUCUCCCUUCCCAGUGGUAUUUAUGAUUUCUCCUGGUAAGUUUCAAGUGAUCAUUAGUUAACACCAAAAAUACAAUUUCUGUGGGAUUUUAAAGGAUUGGGUUUAGAGUGUAUACCCCAGGUUAUUAAAGUUUACAUGGUUAGUGUAUUUGGGGGGUGAGGUGAGUCAGAGUAAGUGUCCUUUUUGCUAAUGCCAAAACAGUGCCUUCUUCUGUACAUUUUCUACUUUAUAAAGUUCUCUAACUUGUCCUUAAAUGUCAAGAGGGAAAGUACUGAAGUUCAUUGUAGUAAAUAAUGCCAGCAAGGUCAUUUUUUUUAGUCAUGUAGAUGUGAAAAUAAGUUUGCUUGACUUUGUUUAGCUGCAAUCUAUUUUUCUUCUAUAAUUAUAUUUAAACACUUUAAAAUAGGUUUCUGGAUUGUGACAAGUCUGACCUUUUAUUGUUACUAGUUUGUUUGUUGUUUUUGUAAUAUUCAUUAUUGUUUUAUGAACACAGUUUAGUCUUAUUGAAUUCAAAUGCGUUUUGUUACGGCUUAAUCCAAUUGGUAACCUAUUUGCUGGGAACACUCUACUUAACUUUUAUUCACCAUGGCUGAAGCCAUUACCACAAUCUCUGGGUCUUAAGGAGUCUUCCUUCAUAACCCCAUGGAGAUCAGAACCAGGACCCCAAGCUGGUUCCAGGGUCAGGCAGCCUGCAAAGUGUGAGCACCCUCAGAUAGUUUUUCCUGGGUGGGGUUUUAGAAUGAGGUGGAAGUGAAAAGACUUCAUGUGACAAUAAGGUAGUUUGGGGUCUUUAAUUUCAGUUCCAAAUAUCCCAUGAGUAGAUCAGUAAGGACCAAGAAACCUCUAUGACUCACAGACAGGCUAGCUGAUUCCUGGAACUGGCAUGUAAGGCCUGACCUAUUACAGUCCCUGCACCUGAACUGACAGCCUUGCUGUGCAAAGUGCAUGGCUGAGAUCCAGUUGGUUAAGAGACUUGUAUUGCCCACAGGGUGUGGGGUGAGUUUCUUUGGACCACACCUGGAUGGGCUUUUAUCUUUGGUGUCUACUAGGGAUGCCCAAUUGUUUUAUUGCUUUAUUUUGUUAUCUUUGUACCUAAUAGAAAUUGUUGAUAGGGCCCCAAACCCUACAGAAAUCACAUGUCUGUAAAAACCUACAAAGACGUUGGAUUUGUGGGAAUGUAAUGCUUUUUUUGUUUAGUAUGUAAUUUUAAAUUUACAUGUUUUAAAUGAUAAUCAGUGUUCCUUUUUACUUAUAAAGUUGGGAUCUUUUUUAGAAUUUGUAAUAAAUAAAAAGUGUUGCUGCUUUACCACUGUAAAA